GGUGUCUGGAAUGUUGCAGACUCCACCCUCACCCCAAUUAAAUUUUAUGUUGUAAGUGACAGCACUCCCUGAAAGAAAACAAGAAAUAUUACUUUAAAGAAUAUAAUGUAUCACUUUAUCAUCACUAGCCAGUCAAUGUGUUUUUUAGAUGAGGAGAAUUUGUUUUGUGUUGUUGAUUGGUGUUUUCUGAUCUGACUUGUGCAACAGAUAGGACAUGAUAUGUGUCAAUGACCUCCAAUCUACAAUUAUAUAAGGGUGAAUAAAAAAAAUCCCAACUGGAGAAUACGACCAUCAAUCGAUCCUCGUGCGUCCAUCCGGUGAAGGCCACUGGAUUUCACCUGAACAAUGCUGCCAUCUGUUGACUGCAGUUGACGUUCACUGUAAUGUGGAACUCGAGAAGGGUGUCCUGCUGAGUAAAUGGAUUCUCUUCAGGCUCUCCAAAGAGCCAAAGAAAAAAAUUCUAGUUAAUGAAUGCGCUUUUUAGCCGGAGACCCCUGUUACCGGGAGGACGACAAAUGUCUUUAGGGACCAUGAGGCAAAGCCCCAACUUUGCCCAAGGAAGGUGUCGGCAAUCUAUUAACAUGUAUGCCUAUCCAGUGUUUCGCCGCCAGUCAGCCAAGUCGACCAGAAUUCUCAUGGCGCCAUCGGGGGAGGCAAAUUUGGUUAAAAGUUGUGGAAGGGCUGAAAGGGCUAAGCCAAAAGAGGAGGUGUUGGCGGAGGCCAGUACUUAUGUCACCGACCAUGGUGGAGACCCCACUGACCGAUUUCUAGUGCUGGCUCACUGCCAGUUUCAGUUUGGCAUGUACCAGGGCCAGAGAUUUAGAUGGCUCCUGGAGAAUAGUCUUGGCUAUGCACUGUAUUUGGUGCAUAGUAUUUCAAAGGAGAGGGUGCAGGCAACCCCUCUUUCAGAAAACAAACAGCUGUUCCAGCAGUACACUUCUCACAUCAGAGAAUUCACAGAGGAACUGGAGAAGUAUAGUAAGAAGCAGGAAAUGCAGGCUAAAGCGCGGGAAACUGGAGACCAGGGCUGUUUAAUGGUGGAGUUUGGAGAUUUCCAAGGCCGCUCCAUGAAGGAGGUUUAUGAGGACCAGAGCAAGUAGGCCCAGGCCCUCAUCAAAUACCUGGUUACAGCAGCUGCCCGGCCCAACACCAACAUGGCAGUUUUCAAGGCAUACGUCUUGAAGAGACGCACCUUGAAGAGAUCUAUAGCCAUCUAUAUGCACCGCAGUGCAUCUUAACUCCGGCUGCAAAACCCCGACCGAACACUUGGCCCACCAGGAGCUUUUCCCUACUGCGACUUCUGAGGAGGACGAUGAAGAACUGGUAUCUGCUGCAUCGCAAUGUGAAGCACAGCUAAAUACAGCUCUUGCAACGACUGUGCAUUUAGAGGCCUGUGCUGAUCCCCCUCCAGUAGCGAUGCCAGGUCUUGUUGUUAAUCAGCCACCAGCUGAGCUUCCCAGUCACUGGAAGGAUCAGCUUCCACCUUUCCAGCAGGAGUGGAUUCGGCACACGUUAUUCAAGGCCAACCCACGAACCGGCAAGCCAGAGCUAGUGGCCCAGCUGAAGCUUUGGUGGCAUCCUCCUCAGCCCCUUCUCAUUCACACCCAGCCUCCCGCCUCUCCUGACCACUUCUUCUGUCGGCCGCUGUUCUUAUGGAUGCCCCAUAAGAUGUGGCUGUUUCCUGUUGUCUGUCUUUGUCUUGGCCUGUGGCAAGCACCGACUAACAGCAGCAGGACUGUACCGAACAGUGCGCAAGGUGUUGGACAUUGACGGGUGGUAUGAUCUUGCAACUGAGUACCUGGAGUGCAAACGCUGCUCAAAAAAGUAUCCUGCUUGGUCUGAGGACAUCUUAAGACAGCUGGAUAUGGGCCACCGCAGCCAGUUUCCAGCUUUGCUAACAUACAGAUACGCAUGUGACAUCAGGGUGCUGAGAAUGAUGAGGGAGAGGACAAUGGGCAACAGUGUGACUCAGCUGUACAAAAAGCUGCUGGAACAACACAGCGAAGCAUGGAUGCAGCGUGUUCUUCAGUACCUGACCGCUUGUGAGCCCUUUACGAGAUUGUCUGCUGUGCGUCCCCCUGCAUUCGCUGAGCCUCCCCCCUUGCCUGCUCUUCCCAAACCCAAGUGGCUGUUGGCUGUGUAUGCCAGAGAUGUACUAGGUCGACUGCAUGACGUGAAGGCCAAAAUAACAUCCAUCUUUGGCUCCGUCCUCAAGAUGGACUCCACAAAAAAGGUCACCAAGAAACUUGCUGGUGCUGCUGCAGGUACAGCCGCUUGGUGCACUAAUGUGGGAAACGAGCAUGGUCAGGUUUUAGUUUCGGUCCUGACAGUCGGUGAGGGACAAGCACUGGACGCUAUGGCAGCUGGCCUAAUGAGGCGGUACAGGGAGGCAGGGCAGGCAGCGCCUAAAAUAUUGUACGUGGACAGAGACUGUUGUAGUCAGCAUGGCCCUUGUCGGGUGAAGGCCAUGUUUUCAGAGUGGGACGGGCUUCAAGUGCGCCUUGAUAUAUGGCAUUUCAUGCGGCGGUUUGCUGCAGGCGUCACAACGGAGGCUCACCCCCUGUAUGGCGUUUUCAUGGCACGCCUGUCCACGUGCAUUUUCGAGUGGGAUCCGGAGGAUGUUGCUGCUCUUCGCCGCGCCAAAGAGUGUGAGCUGACUACGAGGGUCGGCCACAUCUCUGAGGAGGCGGUGACUACACGUAUUACCCAGAGGGAGUUGGCGCUGCACUGCAGGAGGAGGACCAGAGGGGUGGAGGAGACAGUCAGACUGAUUGGGUCACUGAUCAGUCUGUUUGACAGUGUGAGUGGGAAGGACACUCUGGGUGUUCCUCUGCUGGACCACGAACGUAUCCAGAACAUUUGGCAGGAGCAGGAGAAACACGUGGGCUGUAUCCAAGACCCAGAGGACUUCCCGCUGUACAUGAAGACAGGCACCCUGAAGAAAGGCGGUGUGGAGCUGUGCUGCUACAGGUGUGCUCGUGGCUCUACCUCCCUAGAGUCCUUCCAUCUCCACUUGAACAGAUUUAUUCCAGGAACCAGUGCCAGUGAUGCGCAUUUCCAGGUGUAUCUUCUUGAAGGGCUGAUGCGCUGGAAUGAUGACCGAAUGGAGGACGCCGUAAAAGGAGCAUCUUCCAUCCGCUCUUAUGGCAGUGCUCUGAGAGAGGCAGUGGACCAGCUCAGCCGGAAGGUGCUAGGGAGAUGCUGGGAUGAGCGGUAUCACACCCCUGGAGCGUACACAGGUGAAUUGCUGGGAAUGGAGUACUUGUACAACCAGAACGGCAAAACACUGACUGCAGUGCUCCAGAACCCAGAGGAGCAGGACAGGCUGGUGGAGCAAGUCAAUGAUGAGGACAUACAAGAUGAGGGAUUUGAAGAAGAGCUCACAGAGGACAUCACAGUUCCUGUGCUCUAUGAGGAUGACCCCUGCCGUGAUCUGGUGGAGAACAGGCCCUCACAGUUGAUGUCGAGUCCUCAGGCCUCUCCACCUCAGGCCCCUGCAUCACCUGCUGAUCUGCCGUCCACGUCACGUGAUGGAGGACAAGAUCCUGCCACUGCCCCUUCAGUGCUGCCAGGCACCUCUGAGGCUGCACUGUCUGACGAGGCUCAGGGAGCAGUCAUUGGACCGGAUGGGAUCGCUGGGUGGGACAAGGUCCAGGAUCUCGCUGCUUGCUUGGUGGGUCUCCGUGAGGCGUCUUACCUCACUGAGCUGCAGGUGAACCAGAUCAUCCAGCUGUGGACAUCUCUCCCUGAAGGCGACAAGGAGCGGGUCGACUACCAGCCACGUCAUCAGCAGCGACUGACGACUGGCCGUUUUAAGGCUCCCACGCGGUCUGGAGUCACACCGGGUGUGGAAAGUGUUAAGCGCUACUUGAUAGGACAUCCUGGCGGGCCAUCUUAGUGGCCCAGCACCAGCCGCUUGGUUGAGGCCAUGUGCAUAAGGCUACGCCGUAAUUAUCCACUCUGUGGAGUACAGAGGACAAGCACAACAUGCAUGCAAAAUUUUCCUCACACCCACUUCUGUCAGUUUGUGACUGGAGUUAAUUUGUGGAGUUUUACCAACCCUCUUUUUUUUCCCUUGAGGUUCUUGAAGCCGGAGCAGUAGUUGGGAUAGGUCAGGUCGGCGCUUGUUAAGAGUUUUUUGAGGGUCCACACGUACUGGGCUUUAAGUUCCCAUAACGACCCAAGGCCUUUGCUCGGCAGGGACGCCGCACUGUCUUCUCUUUGCUAAGAAUCGAGAACAGAGAUCAACAGAGGGUAAAGAUGGAGGAGUCUUGUUUUGCUGGUCUCAAAUAGGGGGUGGGCUCAAGUAAAGAUGGGAAACCUUUCAAGAUACUUUGACUCUCUGAUCACAGUAAUUACUGUUACACAGUCCACUCUAAAAUGAUAUUGCAAUUGUAAAUGCAAAUUGUUUAUAUUUUUGUAUUCACUUUAUAAAAGUCUAUGAUUUCAGCAGGCUCACAUUAGGAUGGAGAUAAGAGGUUAAAGCACAGCACAAAAGUCUCUACAGGGACAGCAUCACAUUGUAAUUGUGCUAGGCUAAAAAUAAUUUGUUUAGGCCCGGGAAACCAUUAGGAUUUGAAAGCAGUGCUCAUUACUGCCACAAAGUCAGUUGUGUUUUCAUACAGUUUGUCUUUUAUGCAACAAAUGAUUUUCAUGUAACCUGAUAGAAAGGUGUUGUAUGGGCCAGUGGAGAACUCCAUUUUGCCAACAUGCUGGGUUGCCCAUCUAGUUUGUUGAUUUAAAAACAUGAUGCAGUACACCAAGACAAUGUUCAGCAUCUAACAUGAUUAUUAUGGAAUAUCCUCAGCAGGAUUUCUGUUUUCCUGUUGAAUGUCAGUCACCAUUUUCUGAAGUGUGUGUGUGUGUGUUCAUUUCAAUAAAUCUGAACAUACCAACA